AUGAAAAAUAUAAACAUUUCGGGGUCUACGGGAGAGAAUUUAGGGGCUCCUGUCGGAGAUGAAGGGAUCGUUGGGGGGCCCAGAACGCCGCAGCAAGUGGCCGCCCAAAAACGGUUGCAACAAACCCAGGCGCAAGUUGAUGAAGUCGUCGAUAUUAUGAAGACGAACGUUGAGAAGGUUUUGGAGAGAGACCAGAAGCUAUCGGAGUUGGAUGACAGAGCUGAUGCUUUGCAACAAGGAGCUUCACAAUUUGAGCAACAAGCCGGAAAAUUGAAAAGAAAGUUUUGGUUGCAAAACUUAAAGAUGAUGAUAAUCAUGGGAGUUAUCGGCCUGGUGAUUCUUGUCAUUAUAAUCAUGAAAUUUAUGCCAGAAAAUAACCCACCGCCUGUACAAUACGCGCCGCCCCCGCAAAUGCAAUAUCCGCCACAGCAGGCGCCGGCAGCUACGCCACCCCCGGCCACCAGCGGCUAAACGAGAUUACACCCACUCGGAAAACCUAAUUAAAUUAAAAAAAAAUUAAAAAU